UUAGGCGUAUCAGUUACCAAAAUUUUAUACAUAAAUACUGAAAAAUUAGAUUAAAUAAAAUAAGAUCUAUUUCUCAACAAGUAAGAGGCUUUUGAAAAUACGGAAUGGAAAAAUCUGGCACAGAAAGAGUUUAUCCAGCAGCACCGUUGGAAACUGUCAUAGUGAAAAAUGAACAGCACCAAACACUUCUGCCACCAUCUCCACCCUCAUACGAUCAAGCCACAUCGACUCCAGCUUUUACGGCUACACCUGCUGCUACCGCAACAGCAGCAACAACCUCGAUCGACACUACCCCAAUAGUUGUUGUGACACAACCAGCUGCCUUGCCUUAUGGUCCACACCCGGUUGAUGUGCAAUGUCCGUUUUGUCACAAUUUUACACGUACCCGUAUACGUCAUAAACCUAACUCCAAAACACAUUUAAUCGCUUUGUUGCUCUGUUUAUUACAAUUGUAUUGCUGCGUUUGUUUACCGUAUUGUAUUGGAAGUUGCAUGAGCACAAAUCAUUACUGUGGCAUUUGUGAUAGAUAUUUAGGCACUUUUAGACGUAGUGCAUGAAUAAAUAUAUACAUACAUAAAUUUAAUCAAAUUUUUUGAAAUUUGUUGAAAUAGUAUUAAU